AUGGAGGUAUCUGUCAACCAGGAGUUCUCCCCGGACCUCAAUGACAACAGUUCUCAGGUCUACAAGGAUUUCACGAAAGCCUUCCAGGAUCAGAUAAAGAAGAUUUACCAAAACGUGCAGGGAUUCAAGGAGGUGCAGAUCCUUUCUCUGAGGAAUGGCAGCAUCGUGGUGGAAUAUCUAGUCCUGCUGGAGUUACCCUUCAGCCUCCAGCUGGAGGAGGAGUAUGAGAAAGUGAAGGUGGCCUUGAAGGAGGAGCUCCAGAAUGUCAGCCAGGAUGGGAACAGCUGCCAGAAUGACCAGGUCCUGUGUUUCAAGCCUGACUCCAUCAAGGUGAACAACAACACCAGGACAGAGCUGUCAUUUGAAGCCAUCUGUCGCCGCGCUGCUGCCGAAGGUUUUGAGGAUUUCUACUUCCCUUUCCUGGAGGAGAACCAGCUCCGCUGUGUCACCAACUGCACAGUGGGUGUGGAAGGCGCCAUUGACUGCCAUCAGGGCCAAUGCUUUGUGCAGAGGAGUGGUCCUUCUUGCCGCUGCUUCUCUACGGACACGCACUGGUUCUUGGGCCCGCGCUGCGAGGUGGCCAUCUCCUGGAAGGCGCUGGUCGGGGGUCUGGCGGGAGCCGGGGCCCUGCUUCUGCUGCUGCUGGUGGUGGCGCUGAGCGUGUUCAUCAUGCGCUCCCGGAGGAGGGAUAGGCAAGGCCGAGGCAGGUCCGGGGACGACAGGAAGUGGUUUGAGACCUGGGAUGCGAACACUGCGGGGACUUUUUCUAACUCAGGCUUCGAAGAUGACAUUAACGAAGAAAACUUCCCUGUGGCCUUGAACACCGUGGACACCAAUGCCAGGGUGCAUAUUCACAGACCUGAGGUGGUCUCAUCCUCACUGUGAGCCCCACUGCCCUCUCCACCUGCCCGGACAGCGGAGAGAACCAUCUGCACUGCUUUUGGAGAGAUGGGCGCGGGCUCGUGCGGCUCAGUCUCCUGGUUUCCUGGGGCAUAACGGACCUCCGCCUACCCUCAUCCUUCCCCCAUCUUGGGUGAAACCCACCUGGAGACCCAGUUCAAAUCCACGCUCUUCCACUGUGGGACACUGGGCAAGUCAGUAACUUCUCUGAACUUCGGUUUUGUCACCUGUAAAAUGCAAGUGGCCCACUGCUCCUGAUACCUCCUGUUGGUUAUAGUGAAACCAGAUGUCUUGGGUCCGACCUCUGUCCUGAUGCACCUUCCUGUGUCGGCCUUCCUGCUCAUAUGGCUUCACUCACAUCCCCAGUCCCCAUGUCCUUCCCCGAGGCUCAGGCCUCUGCCUCUCCUUUUCCUGUGUGCAUCCCUACUGCCAGCCAGGUCCUCCCCA